UAUCAUGUAUACUAGUUGAACUAUGGAGCGCGUGGAUAAACGCAAAAGGGACCUAAAAUCAAGGCUUUACAAACUAUUAAAAUGGCAAGAACAUGCGACAUUCAUUCACUAACAUGAUCUGUUAGUGUGCUUAUUUUUUAACUUUAUGAAAAUCUUCCGAAACAAUAUGUAUUUAUUGAAGUGAAAUAUAACAGAUGUGUUUGGUGGUGAGCGCGCGUGCUUGUUCAUUCAUGAAUGAACUUGGUGUAGGUGAAGCGCGUGAGCUGCAGUAAACAGUGGGGUGGGGCGAGUGUACGCUUGGCUCGUGCGUAACGGUGCACGAUACGCCCUGAACACCUACAUGAGGCGAACAGGGCGCGCGCAGAGGACUGAUUGAACGGUAUGUUUCAGCCACGGAGAUCUUUUCUUUCUGAAACCUGCAUGAUGGGAAUAAAUGUGGAAUGAUGCUUUUUGCUGUGCUUUUUUCGAGAGUACUUUUCAGGGACUCGUCACGAGAACCUCAUCCGGUUUCCGACUGUGAGAAGGGAAAAGAGUUGCAUUUCCAGUUAGUGAGUCGAGAGAUGGAGUUCUGCAACUUUUAAGGAGCUCGCCGCGCGCGAGUGUAAGAGAGAGACAGAGCGCGCGCGAGUGUAAGAAAGAGACAGAGCGCGCGCUCGCGACAGGAGACAGGUUAAGCUCGGCGAUGCCUUCUCUGCAUCAUGGCGCCGUGUUCAUUGGGGUCUUCCUCAUCGUCACAGGCGGCUCGACCGCCUUCUUGACGUCCAGCCAGAGCAGACUGCAGGCGUUCAGCCUGUGCUGCGUGGUGCUAGGUGCAGUCAUGCUCAUCCUUGGCCUCUUUUGGGCCAUGAACGGAAAGAGCCGCCAGGGCUCCUACACUAAUGAAUACACGCACGACUACGGGCACGUGCUGUUCAGCCCACCACCCGGGAGCCACUUCCCGGAGUCCCAGUCCGUCAUCUUGCACAGAACGUUGGAAAGGCAGAGACGAGGGCUGUACGGAGACGAUUUUGACUACCCUCCCAUGGAGCCAACAUGUUUCAGCCCAGCUGCUCGAGGGCCACCACCCCACUGGGAGAUGGAACCUCCACCUCCGUAUGAAGUGGCCAUCAAAACGACAUGCAGCUCCACGAACAUGCGACGCAGUUACUCGGAUACACUGUUGCCCACUGAACCGCUCUUCAGUCGCUCCCGCGAGAUCAGCUUUGAAGUGUAAAGGUGCAUUCACACAUACAGAGACUCGCAGCGACAAGGCGACCGGAGAUGUUCAUUUUCAACGAGAGCUGGCGACAUGAGCAACGGCGACCUUUGGCGACCGGGUGUAGGCGUGUCCAGCAACAUGGCAAAGUUGAGAAAGGUUUAACUUUAUGCAACUUUGGAGAGACUUGGUGUAGCGACUGCCAAUGGGAGUGAAGACAGUAGAGUGCAUGUGAUCUGUAGCCACCCUUGCGUACCAGCAGAAGCAACGCCAUUGUGACAGUAGCCAAUUAGCUUAGCUUAAGAUCUUAGCGGGUUUAAAGCAAAAAAAUAAAAGAAAUAAUAAUGAAACACUCACUUUUUGUUGCAAACGAGCAAAAUCCCAGUGUAGCUCCUACCUUGGGUGAAGUAUCCGGUUUGUCGCUGCUUCGGCGCCGGGAACGAGCAGCACCAAGCCGGACACUUCACCCAGGAAACACAGAGGCCACGGUCGAAGAGCUGCUGUCCGGCUCCCGGUCACCAUCGAACAUAUAGUGAAUAACACACCGAUGGUGACGCUCACUUACUGAGAAAGGAGCUACACCGGGAUUUUGCUCAAUUGCAACAAAAAGGGAGUGUGUUUCAUUAUUAUUAUUAUUUUGCUUUAAAUGCGCUAAGGCUAUAAGCUAAGCUAAGCUAAUUGGAGCUUGCACUUUUGCCGCAGAGAGAUGGCAGCAAUGGCAAAGAGCACACACUGCUUCUUAUUCAUCUCGGAUGCAUAUAUACCCUGGUGAGUUUUAUAUAAGAUCGCUCUCCCUCCACAAUGUUUAAUUUUAGCAGCAACAAAACUGGUUUGUUGUCAAAAUUGGAAUGCUAGUUGCACCACCCACUGAUGCUACUACUGCAACCGGUAGUAGGAAUGCCUACCUGCGACUUCAUAGUACAGUGACUUGCAGCGAUAAAAUUGCUGUAUGUGUGAAUGCACCUUAAGGCUUGUGCUGUCAACAAGCCAUUAGGUUGCACCCAUUUGCUGCAACCACCAACUAGUGCGGAUCAUGGCUUGCCCAGGGAACCCACACUCCAAGUGUGCUUUAUAAACCAUUAGUAUUGAAGCUACUUAAUUUUCAUCUCUGAUCACAAUGAGUUCCAUUUUGAAUAUGGUCAAAAGGGAAAUUCUGUAACCUUAUAAAAUGGUAACGUCCCUAGGACUGUUUAGUGUCUGCUGUUCCCUGCUGUGAAGUGUGUUCUUUUGUAAUUAUAUUCAGAAGGUAUAGUUACCACUGAUGGAAAAACGCCUGAUCUCGCUCAGUAUUUUCACGACAGCCACUGUCCUUUCUCCAUGCAGCUACUGCAUUUUCUCUCCAUACAUGACACUGACAU